CGGUGCGGCGAAUCCGUUUCGGAAUCGUCACGAUAACGGGAUCGGCCGAUGAUAACCAAUCGGACACAGACUAUUGGCCCUGCCGCCGUUCGCAAGUGGUGGUACAUGUGAUUUGUCGCGUUUUUCCACGUUAACAACCGAGGUGGCGAGAUAUACCGUCUGCCGAGUGCCGAAUACCGUCGCCGCGUCCGCCGCUCGCACAGCAAUUAAUAAUAAUAAUACCUAUUAUAAUAUUAUAUACUCGUACGCACACACGCGCGCGCACGACGAGACCACGUAAUUAAUUAAUAAUAUAAUAUUAUUUUCCCGUUGUCGGUGUGCCCGUUAUCCCGCAGUCCGCCUAGUCCGACCUCCAUCGAAUCUGUUCCUCAGAAACAAUCAUGGCCGAUUUAGAUAAUUUUUUCGCAAAGAAAGACCGCAAGAAAACCAAAGGCCAAAAGUUCGCCACCUCCUCGGAUAAUAUGGCUACCGGACAAGAAGAGUUACAGAAAAAACAAGACAAACAGAAAAAGGAAAGAUCCGAAAGGUCGCUGACAAUUCAAAAUAAUUAUGCGACUGAGAACGACAACAAAGCUUCUGCCAAGAAGCUGGAGGAAGAAUGGAAUGAAUACCAAGAAGAAAUAAAAGACUAUACAACACUCAAAAUGCAAAACUUGACAGCUGACUGUCCUUCUAACUUCACGGAUAACAACGAAAAAGAUGAUGAAAUAGAAUUUGAAGAAAACGAGGCAGGAGAAAUGGUGCCAAAACGAAAAAAUGCAGGACCUUGGAAAGUAAACGAACCUGAACAACCUCCUCCACCACCAAAAGCUGUUACUCCUCCAGUAGUUGCUGAAGUACAGAAAAAAGUGUAUGUUCCACCAGCUCAGCGUAACAAUUUUCAAGGUGGACAUAGAAGCGCACCAAGAAGUAAAACUAGCUUAGAUGUUAAAAAUGAAGAAAUGUUUCCAACUCUUCAAGGCAAUAAUAAUCCUAAAAGAACUGUAGCGCCUGCUGCUAGAAAAGUUGAAACUCCAGCAUGGGCCAAGUAUCAAUGAUUAAAAGCUAUAAUGAACAUGCACAUAAAUAUUAUCUUUUAAACAAUUUUCUAAAAAAAAAAAUGCAUCAUUAAAUUAUUGUUUAGAAAAUGUUCAUCAAAUAUUUUCCACGAUGAUUAUCACAAUUCAUUAUGGAAUUAUGUUUUUUGUUCAUUAGUCUUAAAUAUUAAUCGAAAUUAAAACUGUGAUCAAAUUUCUAUAAAUAUCAUAAUAUUUUUAAGUGAUAUACUAUUUUGUUAAUUUCAUUUAUUAUGAUUAUGAGUUUUAGAUUUGUAUACAAAUUUAUAACAACCAAAACUAUUCCCAAAAUUCUGAAAACAUAUUUCCGUAUAGGGUAUUUAUGUCAUAUUUAUAAUUUCAUUAAAAGAAUUGUGCGGGCACAACUCAUUAGAAAUGUCUUAAUAUAUUAUACACAUGUUAAAUUAUGUUUGAAA